AUGGGCAGCUCGGCUACCGGCUCAAUGGCUAUGAACGUAGCCUCCUCUACUAUGGCUAUGGCUAUGACUUCUGCCACAGACUCUGCCUCUGACCUGAUGGAUAUGGGAGGACAUGCAAUGCAUAUGUACUUCACAACUCAGUACAAAAACUACCCGGUGUUGUUUCUGCUGUUGAGUGCAGCCAAUGGGGGCCAGGCUUUUGGUAUCUUUUUGUUGCUUUUCGUUGUAGCUUUUCUUUCCAGAGGCUUGGAGUUCGUCAGAAACUACUUGGAACAAGUGGUAUGGAAGAAUCCCAUCUACGUAGAAAGCCAUCCUGGACAAAAACAACAGAGCCACAAAGAAGCUGACGUUGCCGUAAAGCUGAAUAUAGAACAUCAUUCUUGUUGGGCUAAUUCUGAACAAUCCUCAAUCAAAGCCGAUUCAACUAAUACUACCACUGAACCUUUAGAAGGACAGCACAGCGCCAGCAGAACCAACCAGUUACCUUUGGCUUCUCGCUUCUUCAGAGAUGUCAUCAGAUUGACCUUGUGCAUCUUGCCUGACUUGUUUAAUUACACCCUCAUGUUAGCAGCCAUGUCUUUCUCGUUAGUGUACUUCUUUGCCGUAGUGUUGGGCUCUGGUAUUGGCAGAUUUGUGUUUGAGAGAAGCCUGGAAAGGUUGAACGUAAUACCUCCUUCACCUUUCAAUACGCAUUGCUAG